CUUGUCCCGUCCACAGUUUUGCGGCCCGGCAUUGACCUCACCGGCAGCUGUUGCGAGCCCGCAUUGAGGCGGCACUUCCACUACAGCCGCAACCGAUUCCUUCCCAAGCACUCUGCAACAAUGGCGCGCUCCGUGCUGCUCGCUCUGCUCCUGGUUGCGGCCGUGAGCCACGUGUGCCUCGCGGCUGGCAGCAACUGCAACACCGGUUCUAAUUCCGUGAACCCCAACGCGUGCUACUCUGUGAGCGGGGACUUCUUUGAGUGCUGCCCCGGGGGGUGUUCGAGUUCGCCGCAGGCCAAUGUCGCCUGCCCUGCGAUUCAUGGGGGGUCCAACACACUGCCGGGGACCCCUUCUCUCCAAUUCAUCGAGUAUGCCACAGAGGCUACCCAGACAAUCGUCGGUGACCCCACUGUCCCUGGCACAGUCCUCAAGUUCAGGAAUGAAGUGCGUUCUCUAGAUGGCACCACCAUCGGUUACACGCUUGGUUCGUGCGCCUACUCCGUCGGGCUCCAAGCCGACCAGACUUUUGAGGGCCUCUGCUUCUACAGCAUCCACUUGGGCGCGGACCUCAUCACUGCUGCGGGCAAGCUGACGAGCGCCAACGUGGCCGACCUCGAAGUGACCGGCGGGUACGGAAUCUACAGCGGCGCGCGCGGGCGCAUCGUUCUGACCACCAUCAGCACCAGCGACAUGGGGGGUGCCUUCGGAGAUUUCCAGUACCAGAUUUACACCGUUGCCCCGAGCCCCUUUCCCCAGCCCAACACUGCCCAGUACUCCAAGGACCAGUUGCUGGCCACCGAGGGGAUCCCCCCGGUUCUGCCCUCCAGCCAGGGCCCUGCCAGUUUUGAGGUGAGGGAGAUCCAGAACUCGGAGACGUCCCAGGCCGCCGGGGCUCUCCUCAUCUUCAGGAACAACCUGUUCAGCACCAGCGACAACUCGACGGCCAUCGGGUUCGACAUUGGGACGUGCGUGUACCUGGUGGGACCUCUCGACGACGGCAAGUUCGAGCUCAUCUGCCUCGACACGAUCCACAUCGGCGCCGAUUAUCUCGUCAUCUACGGCAUCUACACGAGCAAGAACACGCAAGUGGUCGCCAUCAUUGGUGGGGCGGGCCAGUACGAAAAGGCGAAGGGCAGCGUGGAGAUUACCACACUCAGCGGGUCGGGAGCCGGGGAAGGCCUCUUCAGCUACAAGUUUUUCCUCAAGUAGCCGGAUCGAAUGGAACGAUUCUGGCUCAGGUCAAGGUGUUGGAAUCAUAAGUCGCGGCUACGUACUAGAGUCUACAUAAAAGAGCUGGACAUUUUUGAAUGGAGGCGCCCUUCCGACCGCCCAGCCUUGUCAACGGUGCGUGCAGAGUCACCGCGGUAACCCGUUGCCCUGUGUUAACAACGGAAUUCUUAUUUGUUAACGGAAUUCCGGCCGGCCGCCAUGCGGAGCACCGCGCGGCGCAUGCCACGAACAACUCUUAAUUGCCAGUGCCUGAAGCAAGUCACUGAAUCAAACCGACCUACACGGUUCUAUACUUUGAUCAGACGAGUCUCG